UAUAAACCUUCCAUGGUCCCCUCCAUAAUUUCCAAGAACAACACAAAUUAAAGAUUAAAGUGCCGGUGCGGCCACCAGACAAAGCGACUGGAUGAGUAAUACUAUCAUGUUAGAAUCACCGCCGCCAAUUCCCUUUUCAACAAUGGCAUGGCCUGAUCUUGAUCAUCAUCAGGAUCCCAAAAGCCAUGAGCGUAAAAGCUACACGAUCAACUCAGACAUUAAUAUUGCAGCAUCUGAAUCUUUGGUUCACUGCCCUGAUCCAUCUGGGUCCACAAAAGUACGAGUCCAGCUCAAUCGCUCCACGCCAUCCACCUCAAUGAGCAGCGAGCUCAUGCCCACCAUCACCACGUUUAAGAAGCUUGACCACAAUGCUAGCGAGCGUGAUCGUCGCAAGAAGAUCAAUACUUUGUACUCCACUCUGCGUUCAUUACUUCCUGCUGCUGAUCAAGAGAAAAAAUUAAGUACUCCGGCCACAGUUUCACGUGUGGUCAAAUACAUCCCAGAUUUACAACAGCAAGUGGAAGGAUUGAUCCAAAAGAAGGAAGCUCUUCUCUCGAGGAUUUCUAGUUCUAAGCCGCAAGGAGAUCAACAAAAUAAUCAAGGAAAUAUUCAUAGAAAGAGUACUAUAGCUGGAAUCUCUUCAUCUCAUGCCGUAUCGGCAAAUUGGCUUAAUGAUACAGAAGUUAUGGUUCAGAUAUCCACUUAUAAGCUUCAAAAGAGUCCGUUAACUGAGAUCUUGUUUGAUUUAGAGAAGGAUGGGUUCCUACUGUUAAAUGCUUCUUCGGUCGUCUCCUUUGGAGGAACGGCCGUUUACAAUCUCCACCUCCAAGUGGACAGGACUUACAUAUUGGAGCGUGAAGUUUGGAAUGAGAUCAAUUUCCUGUCGUUGCAUAAGAAGGGGAAAGAGUUUAAUGACAAACGUACUAUUGGCUCUAUACAUUUCAACGAUUUGCCAAUUUAGUAUUUAAUGGGGAUCUAGGUUUAAUCACUCCUUUCCAUAUCUAUGGAUCUUGGUUUA